AUACAGAAAGAGGAAUUAUUGCUGCAGCAAAAGAAUGAAAAGUUGAGGAUCGAAACUGAACUGGCAAAAGCCGUGGCUGAAGAGAGUGUGUACUUUAAAAGGGAAAGGUCUCCUUCAUUAUCUCUGCCUCGACAACUGCCUACUUCUACUCCUCAAGAAGCGAAAGAGAGUGAGAAGGUGAAUGAUAGCCCGACAGUACCCGUCGUGGAAACAAUUCCUGCCUCUCUUAAUCCGGAAGCUCCGGAAUGGCAGGGAAGUAAGUGGGUCCCCCUUUCCGAACGUGAGGAAGCCUAUAGUUUAAAAGCCCCCAGCUUCUAUAUAGGCUUCCUUGCCUUUACCACAUUUGACCUUGUUGUAUUUCUGGUUAAUGGCAAAAUAAGAUGAAUGAAUGAAUGAAUGAGGCAAAACAUCAGCGAGACAUCGAUCAAGCACCAUCUCCGUCUCACUGACAAAAAUGCUAGUGAGGUGUUAGACAUUGAGAGACUGCAGCAGCAACAAAAUAAACGGAUACAGGACAGUGCCGUAGCCAGACCAAACGGCCAACCGAGGCAGGCGGGAGUUGCUAGGGGGGUUCGGGGGCAUGCCCCCCCCGAGAAAUUUUGAACUUUAGUCUCUCGGAAAUGCGAUUUGCAGCGUUUUCUGGGCGUUUCGGUAACUUUUUUUCGAGUUAAUUUAAGUGGAAUUUAAAAAGCAAUAAUCAGAAACAAGCUACAUAAUCUGGGUGACCGUUAACCUCGCCAAUGGUUUUGAUCAGUAUUUGUUCAAAAAAAAUUUGAGUCAACGUACGCAGCCCCUUGAGAUCGAUGAUAUGGUAAUUUUUUCAUAGUAUAUUGACUGAAUUGCUGAAUUCUUUGUAAUAUCAUGAUGCGUUAAAAAUAUCCGAUGAUCGCUUAUGUAAAAUAAAAAUGAUCGGCGAAAUUCGUUUAAAUUUUACCGAGGCGAGUGCCUCGGUUGGCCUCAUACUAGCUACGGCGCUGCAGGAGUUGCUAAAACAACAGCAGCAGCAAACUUUGGCAUUGACUCUUCCGCAACCGGAAGUUCCAGUUUUCUCCGGUGACCCCACAGAGGACUCAGACUUCAUACGACCCCUUGAAAGUGAUCCUAGCAUGAAAUUGUACUAUUUGGUUCAGUACACCCCGAGUGAUGUCAGACAGCUGAUGCAUGGUCGCUACUCAAGAAUCGUUACGGCCAGGGUUAUAAGAUUGUUGUUGCUUACGUUGAACGUCUUACCAAGAUACGGCCUGUGGCAUAGCCGAUUUCGUUCAAACAAAGGCUAG